CGGCUGUUUUCCGGGUUCACACUCACUCAGCAUGUAGAGGAGGCGGACCACCGGAGGGAGACACCUGGACCACCGGAGACACACCGGAGGAGCGACACCACAGCGCAGCGCAGCGACCCAGCCCUGCAGGUAUCGAUCAGCUAUCAGAGCAGCAUGGGGAACCUGAUCAAGGUGUUGACCAGAGACAUCGACAACAAUGGUGGAAACUUCUUCCUGGACUUUGAGAACGCUCAGCCCUCGCAGUCGGAGACGGCGGUGUGGGAGGAGGUGAACCAGGUGCUGACGGAGGCUCGGGUCAUCCUGGAGGACCUGCAGUCAUACAGAGGAGCAGGAGAGGAGAUACGACAGGCCAUCCAGAGUCCCGGUGUGGAGGGCGUUCAGGAGAGAGCCUGGGCCGCCGUGGUUCCUCUGGUCGGGAAACUGAAAACGUUCUACGAGUUCUCUCAGAAGCUCGAGUCCAGUCUGCGGUGUCUCCUGGACGUCCUCACCAGCUCUGGUUCGACUCCCACUCAGCACCUGGAGCAGAAACAGGCUCUGGCUCGUCAGUUCGCCCACAUCCUGCACUUCACGCUGCGCUUCGACGAGCUCAAGAUGACGAACCCGGCCAUCCAGAACGACUUCAGCUACUACCGCCGGACCAUCAGCCGCAUGAGGAUCAACAACCUGUCUGCCGACGCAGGAAAUGAGGUCAACAACGAGCUGGCCAAUCGGAUGUCUCUGUUCUACGCUAGCUCCACGCCGAUGCUGAAGACGCUAAGCGACGCCACGUCAAAGUUCGUCUCAGAUAAUCCAGACGUCCCGAUUGAAAACACGACGGACUGUCUGAGUACGAUGGCCAGUGUGUGUAAAGUGAUGCUGGACACACCGGAGUAUCGCAGUCGCUUCGCCAGUGACGAGACGGUGUUGUUCUGCCUCCGUGUGAUGGUCGGCGUCAUCAUCCUGUACGACCACGUUCACCCGGCCGGAGCCUUCGUUAAGACCUCCAAUAUAGACAUGAAAGGCUGCAUCCGAGUGCUGAAGGAGCAGCCGCCCAGCAGUGUGGAGGGAUUACUCAACGCUCUCAGGUAUACGACCAAACAUCUGAACGACGAGGCUACCUCCAAGCAGAUCAAACACAUGCUGCAGCCAAAUUAACUCAAAGCUUCGUCAGCAGAACUGAAACUGGAACGGGGAUGCGGGGAGACAGAAGUGUUGUGGUCCAAAUUUCAAAAGAACUACUGAACAAACCUUUAGCUAAUAUUUCUUUGUUUAACCUCAGUUGUUGUUUUACUUUUUAUUUGAAAAAAAGAGCUGUUUUUGUUGUUGUUGUUAAAAAGAGAAAAGACGAGAAAAAGAAAAAAAACUUUUAGUUGGUUGAUCCAAGAAAAGAUGUAAAAAUGCUGCGUUCACGUCACGUCAGAUUUACAACAAAUACAAUCUGUUGUUUGUUCCGCCGCCUUGUGGUCAUUCAGAAUAGUGCAGCUGACCUUUUUCUUUUCCUAAUUCAUUUCGCUCGCCAUUAACAAAUGUCCAGAAUGAUGUAUAGUGAUAUUGGUGAUCCUGCUAGCGCCCCCGAGAGGCUGCAGUGUUCAUUACAGACACAAUAUGAAAGAACUGGAUGGAACAAACAAUAUGCUGAUGACUUAGCUAUUUAUAUUUACAAGUUCAGUGUUUCAUACACCGAUACCAGUAUCGGGUAUCGGGUCUGAUACUGUGCUCAUGUACUCGUACUCGCAAAACGGCUCCGAUACAACGACACGAUACCACUUUACAGCAGCGCGACGUUAACCUCUCGUCACCAUCUUUCGGGUCCUCACGCUCCACCUCCCCGACUCCCCAGCCUGCCGUGUGUCGCUCACAGCCUCCAGCUGGCUGUUGACGAGGGUCUUUUGACACGGAGAAGUAUUCGUAUCGGUACUCGGUAUUGGCGUGUAUCCAAAUGUAAGAACUUGUACUCGGUCUGAAAAACAGUGGUAUCGGUGCAUCCCUAGUAUUCUCCUGUUAGUUUUAGUUCAGUUUACUGGGAACAAGUAAUCAACAUUGCGAUCUUCAGGUUUAGCGGGACAAAGUGAACGAACACCAACUGCAGCUGGGUCUGCCUGAUUUUAAAGGUCGGGACCCUUAAACAUGACCACCAUUCGUUGGUCUGUACUUCUGAUGUGACGUGAACGCAGCGUUGACAGUUUACGAGCACCAAAGAUCUUGUUAUCUGUUAACUGCCGUUUGUUAAAAUGUGACGAUGGCUCGAAUCAUUGCUUCGGACCCUUUUCCACCACAAGAACUAUUUUCCAGAACCCAGGAACGUUUCCACCAGCAGAGGAACCUUGUUCUCAUUGAAUUCCUCAGGCCGCAGUUCCUACCUCAGAAAAAAAAGACUCUGUGGCCGAGGUCGAACUUUUCAGUUGACUGAUCUGAUUCAAACAGACACAAAGCUCAGAGAGAAUCUAUUACAGUUUGCUUGUUUCGGCUUGUUUCCAAACGGUCUGAUUGUCUGACUGCUGCAGUUUGUUGCUCUGUUGGACCUAAACCAGAACUCCCACUAUGAGCAACGGGCUCCGACAUGAACACGCCAUGUUGUGCCAAAGUAAGAGCCGUUUUUGUGAUUUCACGAGAGGUUUCCGUAUUUCUGUUUUUGUCCUCGCCCGACAGUAGUUGGGUUGUUGGCUUCAAACCUCAUCCACACAGUCCUGAUGAAGCAGAUUAGUAGAUUUAUUUAGGCAACAAAACUACUUGGUUAGUUUAACGAAAAGAUCAACUUGGGUUAGGUUUAGGAAAAUAUCGACUUGGUUAUGUUUAGGAAAAGAUCGACUUUGCAUGAACCAAUCACGUUAUGGGAUCCACAGAUCCACUCCUUCCUUCCUUUCCUUUCACAAUAAAAGCCCUAGAUAUAUAAUAUUCGCAGGCGAGUAUUUCGCAUUUUUGUGUUGUUUAUUU